GGUUUGAAUCAGGCUUGUUUUUGCUCUUACGUGUGGCUGAAGUCUUUUGAGUGAAGUUAAUCAGACUUUUACAAUGUCGGGCCGUGGAAAGCAGGGAGGGAAAGCUCGUGCUAAGGCGAAGUCCCGAUCUUCUCGUGCUGGCUUGCAGUUCCCUGUAGGCCGUGUCCAUCGUCUGCUGCGCAAGGGGAACUACGCGGAGCGAGUGGGCGCUGGCGCUCCAGUUUACAUGGCCGCGGUGCUGGAGUACCUGACAGCUGAGAUUCUGGAGCUGGCUGGCAACGCCGCUCGGGACAACAAGAAAACCCGCAUCAUUCCCCGCCACUUGCAGUUAGCCAUCCGCAACGACGAGGAGCUGAACAAACUGCUGGGCAAAGUCACCAUCGCUCAGGGUGGGGUCCUGCCCAACAUCCAGGCGGUGCUGCUGCCCAAGAAAACCGAGAGCCACAAAGCCAAGGGCAAGUGAGGCUGCUACCGCCUUGCAGGCGAGGGGAAACUCCUACGCUACUCGAAAACUCAACUCCAAAGGCUCUUUUCAGAGCCACUCA